AUGGCAGCCCAAUUGUUCGGUUCAGAAGUGAUGAUGGAGGAUGGACCCAAUGUGGACGAAGCAGUUGAGAACGAAGCCACCAAGCCUCCUAAUGCUUGGGGCGGGCGAAAGCUCUUCGCCGAUGUGUUAUCGGGUGAUACCUGGUACGUGGCGGAGUCUGACUCCGAGGACGUUGCUCAAGCCAUGCGUGAGGAGGACCAUGACGAUGAAACCCCGGAGGAAGAAAACCCACGGUGCCCGUCAAUUCUUUUUAUGGCCAUGGAGAAGCAGCGCUUUCGUCGUAAAUGGCGUUCGGCCCUAAUAGUUAAAGUUCUAGGCCGUACCUUUCCGUUUCCUGUCCUCUCGAAGCGGCUGGAAUCCCUUUAG